AUGCCAGUCGUAAGACGAAUACCCGAUAACAAAAGACGGUCCCGCACAGGCUGUAUACCCUGUCGAAGACGUCGAAGAAAAUGUGAUGAACAGAGACCUCAAUGCGGUAGCUGUAUCGGGAGGAAUGUGACGUGCGAGUUCAAAGAGUGGACCUUUGUACCAGGGGUACGCUCAUCACUGGGGAAAGACGGUAGCGUACAGGGGGAUAAUGGCGAUGAUGCUGAUUCAUCUCUGCCCAUGCAAGAUAGCUUGCUGUCCUUUGUCGAGCCCAGUCCUGCUCCAGCCGAGCCAGUGUUUGAGAGUCCUAUAGCCAGUACUGCUCGAACGGAAAGACUUGAAUCUAUUCACCACACGACAACAGAUGUUCCUCAACCAACCCCUUCAACCAACAACCAUCACCAAAAUGAAGGGAACCAAAUCCCCACGCCAUCAAGAUGGAACGAAACAGUUCUAUCAGAGCAAAACUCUUCAGAGAGACAAACAGCAAUGCUUCGGUUUCGCUACCAAAUAGUCCCCUGGCUAGACUCGAAUGCACCAAGGUCCACCUUCGGACCAAAGAUUAUGACAUUAGCAGCAGAAAAGUCUACCAUAAUGGAUAUCAUCAUAUGGGUUGCGAUGCGCCGGAGUAGGAGGAGUUCGAGCUCCACCAGUCAUGAAGGAGAUACUCAUCUUGUUCAACAAUUCCAGCAUCGUUUAUCUCUGGAAGAUGGUUUCAUCGCUGAUGUCGGACGGUCGCUACUUGCUCUCGGUAACUUCUUUUAUACUGGCCCAUCUGAGUGGGCAAAUCUGCACUCUGAUUGCAUGAAUGUGAGAGAGCGAUGUCAGUUCUUUGAGAGUCAGGAGGAGCCUCUCAAAACUCUCGAUCGCUUUCACUUUAAGACAGAGCUUGCUGCUUCCAUCAUAGCAACCAAAUCCCCAUCAUUACAGUCACUACCACUGAUGAAUGACACAUUCCUAACCUCUGCCCCGACACCACCGAGUAUUUACGACGACUGUCUAACACAUCUCGCGACAUGCUGCCACUUGAUACAUGACGAAAUAAUCCCUCUGUUCAACGGUAUCGCACCCGUACAAUCACCAACCCACGAACCCUACUCUCUCGUCUGGGCAACAUGGUCCAAACUAUGGGCACGCUGUGUCCAAUGGUUCCGUGAUCGUCCUCCAGAUAUGAUCCCCUUGCUAGAAAGCGCCGAAGUUGACCACGCAACAUCAACCAAUACCCCAUUCACAGCAGACGUCUAUUCAAGCGCCAUCGCGGUUCAAGCAAACCUAGCGAUUCAUUUUUCAGCCCUUCUCCUCCUUUCAUAUAAACCACGCUUAGUCAAAUUAUCAUCGAUACCACAUAGGUUGGCAUCGAAAAGCUGGCAUGCUCAGAAACUCGCCAAACUUGCUCUGUGGAAUAAUUUCUCCGAUCAAUGGGAUCCUGUCGUGGUAGCGACAGUUGUUCGAAUAGCAAGAGAUAUGACGUAUCCUUCUCAACAAGAAGCGUUACUGUUAUGUUUCCAGCGUAUCGGGGAUGCGACAAAGAUUCCUCUUCAAAGUGAGAUUGCGGAUCUGCAGCAGUUUUGGUCUUCUUCUCGACAUACCAGCGCACCAGCAAAUGCGCAUUCCUGA